ACGGUUUCCGUGCAGGACCGCUUAUAAAUCCAAGUGACACGGCUAACCUUAGGUCCACGAUAACAAGUAGGCGUCUACCCAACAAGAGGGAAACAAGUGGUGACGUUAUUCGGCGAUAUAACGGGGCAGGAUUGAAAAAGAAAGAGACGUUGACAUAGCGAUACAUAACGAUGGGCGUCCAAUCGGCACUGGGGAUCCCCUGUCAGUCAUCUUUGAAAAGACCAAUGGGAUGUCCCUGGAGGCGGGUUUUUUUUUGUGAGGCCGGAGUUACGUCUGCUGUAUGUUGAAGAUUUGGCGGGGGGGGCUCACUGUUAACCUGAGCCAUCUUUCAUCGUAUUAGGGAGAAAUAAAGCAAUCACUCAAAUCGGGACUAGUAAAACAGGCGGUGUAGCGCUGCGGGAGUUUUCUGCGGGAACUGGGGAGCCUCGCCAGGGGCUGCGUGGAGGGACGAUCGAGGGAGCGGAGAUCAGAACCAGGCUGGGCUCACCGAAUCCGAGCCGGUGGGGCGGGAGGAAGCGGCCGGCCGGGUAGCAGGUACUGCGCCCGCCCUUUGACCACAUGCAUAUAAGCACGCUGACCGCAGGAGGAACCGAGCGCGACCCGAAAGUCUGGAACCGGUUCGGGACUGAGCGGCGGCAGCCGGAGAGAGAACCCGCGAGGGGGUGCGAUCAUCCAGCCAGUCGGCCUGCAGUCAUGGGCAACGCGCCCACCGCCAGGAAGGGUGGCGAGAUGGAGAGUGUGAAAGAGUUUCUUGCCAAGGCCAAAGAAGAUUUUCUCAAGAAAUGGGAGAACCCAGCACAGAACACAGCAUCUCUGGACCACUUUGAGCGGUUAAAGACUCUUGGCACCGGGUCAUUUGGACGGGUCAUGCUUGUCAAGCACAAGGAAACGGGUCAGCACUUUGCCAUGAAGAUCCUGGACAAACAGAAGGUGGUGAAGCUGAAGCAGAUUGAGCACACGCUGAAUGAGAAGCGGAUCCUGCAGGCUGUCAGCUUCCCCUUCCUGGUCCGUGUGGAGCACACUUUCAAGGACAACAGCAACCUGUACAUGGUAAUGGAGUAUGUACCAGGAGGAGAGAUGUUCUCACACCUGAGGAGGAUUGGCAGGUUCAGUGAGCCGCACGCCCGCUUCUACGCCUCGCAGAUCGUGUUGACGUUUGAGUACCUGCACUCUCUGGACCUGAUCUACCGAGACCUGAAGCCAGAGAACCUGCUCAUAGACCAGCAGGGUUGCAUCCAGGUGACCGAUUUCGGCUUCGCCAAGCGGGUAAAGGGCAGGACCUGGACGCUGUGCGGGACCCCCGAGUACCUGGCCCCAGAGAUCAUCCUCAGUAAGGGGUAUAACAAGGCGGUGGAUUGGUGGGCUCUGGGCGUGCUGAUCUACGAGAUGGCGGCUGGGUACCCGCCGUUCUUCGCCGACCAGCCCAUUCAGAUCUACGAGAAGAUCGUCUCUGGGAAGGUCCGAUUCCCAUCCCACUUUAGUUCAGACCUGAAAGACCUCCUGAGGAACCUGCUCCAGGUUGACCUGACCAAGCGUUUCGGCAAUCUAAAGAACGGUGUCAACGACAUCAAGGGCCACAAGUGGUUUGCUACCACCGACUGGAUUGCCGUCUACCAGAAGAAGGUGGAAGCCCCCUUUAUACCCAAGUGUAAAGGCCCCGGUGACACCAGCAACUUCGACGACUACGAGGAAGAGGAAAUCCGUGUCUCCUUUACUGAGAAGUGCGGAAAGGAGUUUGCUGAAUUCUAGAUCCACCCAGAAGCAGCGGAGCGAGAAAGGAAGCGUGAGCUGGAGAGGGGAAAGAAUAGAGAGAGAGAGAGAGAGAGAGAGAGAGAAGUUUAGGGUGCGAGAGCCUGAGCCAGCGUGGGGAAGCGGCGGAAGACGGGCGUAAUUCAGCUGCGUCUUCUCUGAAUUGUCUGUUCUGACGUGUCGGUACUGUGUCUCCCCCCCGAGUUUAAUAUGUGCGUGAGCUGCUGCAAGGCUGGUCGUGGCAGGGGCGAGCAUCAUUUACUAACUUUGCUGGGUCCAUAGAGGUCACACAGCCCAUUGGAUCAGAGGAAACCAGUCCAGUCUCAGCAUCGAAAGUGAUGGGCUGGGGGGUUCGGCUUUGAGGGCUCAAAACGUCACUCCUGCAGUGACCUCCCAGAGCAGCACUGAACCAACCAGGAAUGCUGAUCUGAAAGAAGGAAAAUGGCCGACCUUCCUGCAAUCCUGCAAUGCAACUCCGCGAGGCAGAGCAGAGCGUGUCCGUCACUCCAUCCAUCUGUUCAUCCAUCAUCCAUCCAUGCAUCCGUCUGCUCUGCCUAUCCAGCUGAGAUUUACAAUCCUCUUGACUUCACACAAACCUGUCACUAGAGAUUACGGACAGAAAAUUGUCAGUUUUGGCUGCACCAAUAAGGGAAACUGGUUUCUUUUUAAGAUGCACAUACGCUCGGAUACACAGUUAUUCGUGAUAUUGUUUCUCACGGGGCUGGAGAUGCUCUGCAGGAGCACCAGGUAACUCAACAAAGUCUCACGGCCUUUCAGAGGGUCGACUUGUAUGAGACAGGAUGGGCUUUUAAUUCCUACUGAAAUUAUGGUCCAUCUUUGUGAUUAUAUUUUGCUUUAAUCUAUUUUGUAGAGACCAGAUUGCUUGUGUCAGCUGGGGGUGGGAAUUGUACCGAGCUAAGUGAUAGUGACAGAACUGGGCAGUAGAGGGCACAGUGCUUAAGGGACACUAGGCAUGGUCAUUCCAUACAUUCACAGAUGUGGAGGGGUUUCUGCAGUCUCAGGCAAAAAAGCACCAGCCAUUUCUUCUUUUUUUUUUUUGGAAACUUGGAGUAGGAUGAGCAAGCCGCGUUGGUCUUGGCGCCUCCUCAUCUCGCCGGAUGCCUGCUGUAACGGAGGGGGCGCUAAGGAGUUCGCGCAUACUGGUUCUGCUGUUGGUAUACCAAUACCAUUUUUCCUUUUGCGAUUGUCAGUCAAUUAUGUUUACUUGUUUUGAAAGGCCUAUUAACGUGACGUUAAAAAUACACCAUUGUCUUAAUGUAAUAUUAGGUGUUUUACCGCUGAGUAUGAACAUGUAAACGGGCUCGCUGGUAUUCACUUCUCACAGUUUUAUCCUUGUGGCAGGUUGACACAGGAAGUACGAAGUGCAUAUCGGGCCCUUUUCAGCAUUUCACUGUACGCCGCCGUGGAGCGCCUGCCUCUGUACAAUAUCUAUUGUGUGGUUUAUUUUCUCAUGUCUAAGGAAGCACUUAUGUAUGUGUAGUGAAUGUGGAUAUUUACUUUAAGAAAAAAAAACUAAAUGUUCACUAAAUGUCUGGAAUUGGGUCUAUAAUGAGACGUUUGAAAUACACGCGUAAUAUUUCUUGUCUUCCCCGGGUCUCAUUCCACUGCGGCUUUUUCGCUGCUCCCGCUGCUUGGUUUGACGCCCUUUAUUAUCUCUAACGAAGUCGCUGCCCGGCGCCCGUGUCCCUCCGGGGGCGGGAUGUGCUUGGCGCCGUGCGGACACGGCCGGACCCUCCCUUUCGCGCCUUUGCCGUACCUCGCAGGGACCCUUUGG